AUGGCAACUGGAGAGCUUGGCGCCGGUUUCCCUGAUGACAGCCCGGAGCUCCUCUUGUUGCAGAACCUGGCACCUAUUCUUCAUCGAGAUACAACAGAAGCGACUGACAGAACAGAUGCCGUCGCAGAAGAUGAUUCUACUUUCAUUGCAGAGCAGUGUACGCCUGCAUCUGCCCAAACCGACGACACCCAAGAGUCUCAGAGAUCCACACGAAAUAAACGAGCUCGUUCGGCAAGCCGACCAAAGAGUAAGCGAAGCAAGAAACGAAAGAUAAUCUGUUCUGGAGAAACACAACCAUGCAAUUCUGAGUCACAAGGACCAGUAGGAAAGGUAGACUGGGAGAAAAAGCUAAAUGAGAUGCGCGGCGUGAACUAG